AUGUUCAACCUUCGUCGCUUCUUCGCGUCGGCCCUCGUCUUUGGGCUCGGCCUCGUGCUGCUCGCCCAGACGGCCGAGGCUGCCAAGGGUCCCAAGAUCACCCACAAGGUCUACUUCGACAUCCAGCAGGGUGACCAGAACCUCGGUCGCAUCGUCAUGGGUCUCUACGGCAAGACUGUCCCCGAGACCGCUGAGAACUUCCGCGCUCUUGCCACUGGCGAGAAGGGCUUCGGCUAUGAGGGCUCGGUCUUCCACCGUGUCAUCCCCAGCUUCAUGAUCCAGGGUGGUGACUUCACCAAGGGCGACGGAACUGGCGGCAAGUCGAUCUACGGCGACCGCUUCAAGGACGAGAACUUCAAGCUCAAGCACUCCAAGAAGGGUCUCCUCUCCAUGGCUAACGCCGGUCGCGAUACCAACGGUUCCCAGUUCUUCAUCACCACCGUCGUCACUUCGUGGCUCGAUGGCAAGCAUGUCGUCUUCGGCGAGGUCCUCGAGGGCUACGACGUCGUCGAGAAGAUCGAGAAGACCAAGACCGGCGCAGGCGACCGACCCGUCGAGGCGGUCAAGAUUCUCAAGAGCGGCGAGCUCGAGGUCCCCCCUGAAGACCUCUUUGGCGCCGCCGAGUUCGCCCCGGAAGAUGAAGGGUGGUCUACUCUGCAAAAGGCUGGCCUUUUUGCCCUCGUGGCAGGCGUCCUCCUCGUCGGUCUCCGUGCUGCCCGACGAUCUCGACUUUAG